AUGACGAAUGAGUACAAUAAGCCCCUCCUUGUUCUCAUUGGCGUCAACCACCAUUUCAACACAUGCAUCUUCGGAUUUGCUCUCCUCCUCCACGAGAAGCUUCCAUCAUAUUCUUGGCUACUUCAAAAAUUUCUAGAAUGCCAUGGAGAUAAGAAGCCAAGUGUUGUAGUUACUGACCAAGAUGCGGCCAUGAAACAGGCUAUCGUUGAACACAUGCCUGAUGUUACGCACCGUCUCUGCGCUUGGCAUCUCAAUACAAAUGCUUCGAAAAAGGUUAAAGAUCCGAUCUUCUUAAAAACAUUUAAGGAUCUCAUGUACAACUACUACGAGGAGGAAGAAUUUGAAGCAAGAUGGUUAGACGUCAUCCAAACCCAACAACUAACAGAUAAUGAAUGGUGUCAAACAACAUUCGAGUCAAGACAACAAUGGGCAGAAACGUAUUUAAGGGGUUCAUUCGUUGCAGGAAUGAGAACCACACAACGUUGCGAAUCCAUCAACUCCGCUCUAAAAAAAUUUUUAGAGAAGAAUUAUUGCUUGCGUGAAUUUGUAACAACCAUAGAUAUGACAGUCUCAAAGCUCAGACACAACGAGACUGCAAAUGACUUCAAAAGUAGAUGCACUCGACCUCACCCACCUAAUCCUACAUGCUUGACCACUUACUACAACCAAUGUCUUGAAUUCUACACAAGAACUAUGUACCACAAGGUUGCUGAGCAGCUUGAUUUAGAGAAUAACUAUUUUGUCCUAACUCGAGAGCAAGAAGGAGAGUGGCGAGAUAUUCACCAUUGGAAAGUUCCGGCAUCCAGGACGUCCAAUACCGAGUUCAUUACUGUGAAGGCCGACGAGCACUACCCUGUAGUUGCUUGCUCUAUGAAAGUCAAGGGUACCCUUGUAGACAUUUAUGGGCUACAAUGA